AUGAAGGAAGUGGUUGAAGAGGAAACACCCUCCAGCCGAUACUUCUCUGAAGAAGGAAAAGAAGCACCUUUCAUAUGUAUGAAGCUAUCAAAGAUCUAAUUUUUAGAGGAAUGAACUAAAACCGCUAAAACACUCUACACACAAGGAAAGAGUUUCAGGCUGUAUCUCUUGCACCUAAGGUUUAUGCAUCUAAUGCAAGUACCCUAAAAUGAUUUUAAGUAAAGCAUGCAGUGUCUCAAAAAAGAAAGGAAGUUUCAACCGUGUUAGACACAGUCAGUGAGGUAUAACUGAUAUCCCUUUAGGCACCAUGAGCAAGAGGUCCACGUCUGGAUGCACUACAAUAUUAAUGUACAUCUAAAAAAUAAUAGAAGCUAUUUUUUUAAUUAAGGCACCUCAGGGCAUUGGUAUCCAACCUGUGAAUCCAAAAAAAAGCCUCACAGCAAAGCAAUUCAAGGGUACAAUUCCCACCCUGAGGUGAUAAUGAUGUGGUCUAUACCCAUAAAUCUCAAUGGGAAAGUUUGAGACAUGCCUCCCAAAAAUGCCAAGCAGCUGGUUUUUCAGAAUAGCCAUCCUUGUAGCCUAACUGGAUUAACAAACAAAAUCCCCUCAUCUGCUCAAGUAAUUAAUUUACAGUUUUGCCCAUGUAGUCCAAACCACAAUGAUUCAAUAGACCUUUUACUAAGUGAACAAUUACGUCCAGGGGUUGAUAGAUGCCUGGGGAGUCAUUAACAGAUUUAGGUUGAAAACAUAAUAAUAGAUAGGUAUACAUGAGAAAAUAUUUAAAUACAAAUUCAAAUUCCACUUGUAAGCCAUUAUAGGUGGUAAUCUGAACUGGACUGGUAAUGCUUAGCCCUUGGACCAUGUAAUCGUCCAAUUCAAAGUUGAUAGUAAGUAUGGUAUUUUUAUACAAAUAUAAAUUUGUCUGAUGUUACACCAAGUGUGAAAUAAUCUAUUCCAGUCCUAUGACAAGGCUCUAUCAAGGGUAUAUUUCCUGUAACAGAAAGCUGUUAUACAUGGCAUUGAUCUCUGUGAAACAUCUGUCAUGUUCCGAAUAGUUAUGGAUAAUCCAUAAAUAUUGCAAAAUAAGUAGAACAUUUUUUAAAGAAAUUGGUUGGAAAUUGUCAGCCAUCAGAAGUGUCCUUCCUAUACAAUGUAUAUCCAAGAUGGUCAGCAUUAAUGAAGAUCUGCAAAUCCAGAAAUGUAUCAAUCUUUGGUGCUAGAUUUAAUAAUUGAGCACAUAGGUCAUAUCAUGCUAUUGAUUUCCUCACAAAAAUCCUGCAGAGCCUCAAUAGAAUCUGUUCAUAGGAUAAACACAUCAAUAAAGAAUCUGUCCAUAUUUGUUCAGAAUUUGCUCUUUCUCAUAUGCAAACAUAAAAGCGUUGGCAUUUAUAGGGGGUCAUUGCGGCCUCCAUCAAGAGACCAGCUCUUUGCAGAUGCUAGUUGUUCUCAAACUGAAAAUAAUGGAGGGAUUAUCAGAAAUAUAUGGGAGGGCCAGGAGUAUUCUAAAUGAUUAGACCAGAUAGAGUUUUGUGCACAAUAGAUUGUUAAAGCAUGGUCCAAACUACUGCUGGUGGAAAAAUCUCUAGCAUCACUGUAAAGAUGUAGGAAACAAGAUCCCAGCAUUUCUACAAUGCUGAUAAGUGAAUCUCAGGCAUGUCCUGGUGGAUGAUCAGCUAACUGUCAGUCCUCUGACAUAAGUUUCACCUUUCGGCUCAUCAGAUGGGAGAUUGGAUUGUCUAUUACUAUUGUUAUUUUUUACACAUGCCAAUUUACCUGGGUAUACACGGUUAGGGAUCAUAUGUUUAUGGUUUUGACAUUAAGAAUUUAUCUAUUAUACUUUUACCCCUCUAAAACAGGCUUGGGCACUAAUAAGUAGACACUUCACAGUUGCUUACACAUUUUUACCUUUUUUUUCUUUGGUAUUUACAGUGGGUAUAUUGUAUCUUUUUAAAUUUAUAAUUUAUUAAAAGUUAAAUUUUAUUUAUCAGCCAUAGUUUGGACCAUGCUUUAACAAUCUGUUGUCCACAAAACUCUAUCCAGUCUACCAAUUUAGUAUACUCCCAUAUUUUUCUGACUAUUCUAUUUAUAGACAUUAAACCUACCUCUUUUUUCUGGCUCAAUGUUUUUGUUUUUUUUCCCACAAACUUCACUGAGGGAACAAGAACUAUUUUAUCUCCAAAGCUCCUUGACAAUGGGGUAUGACAGUAUGCAAACUUUUACCCUUUGUAUUUAUCAAUUCAAUAACACGAGGUGUAUCCUUAAUACAUGUAUUCAGCAAUACAACAGGAGACUUAAGGGCAGAUUUGAGCCAUUUAGUUAUUGGUUACAGUUAUCCACCCCACGCAGACACAAGUCUUCUGGUGUUUAGAUAAAGUAUAGAGAAUAGGACAAAUGUGAUACCUUUCCAAUAGAUAACCAGUCAAGUUUCUCAAGAUUGUGCCAUUUGUCACAGCAGAGUCAAGUAUGUCAGACAUUACCUAAAUAAAAUCAUGUGUAGGGUCAUGAUUCAAUAAUCUGUAAUUAAAUUCAUCUUAAAGUUGUUCCAAAAUAUUCCUGUGUUAAUCAAAAAAAUUAAACUCUAUUAUGGCACCCCCUUGUCAGCAGGUCUAAUACAGAUGGGUGAAUCAGAAGCCAUUUAGUUUAAGGCUUAACAUUAUAUCUUAGAGAUAUUAGAGUGGACUUUCACCUUAGAUGUGUUAAUUUGUUUUCAAAGUUAGUUUUCAAAGUAUAAUUUAAAAAAAGCCUUUUUUCAACUUUAACAUUUGAGAGUGAGAGGUUUCAAAACUAGAGUCCUUAAAGAUAAUCCCAGUCCUAAAUGAGUCAGGUUCUGUAAUACGGACAAAAGAUAAACACUUAGUCAAUAUCAAAAUAUCAUUAUCACUUAAAGAGUGAGAAGAUAAAUUAACAACAUGUCUACCUGUGUCUGGAUGGAAAUCCUCUGCCAGUAGUAUAAGUACCCCUUCUGACCCCUACAGGGUUGUUGCUUGGACAUUUGCAGCCUACUUUUUUUCUGAUUUUUAAAAAUGAAGGCUCUGGUGGAAGCUGGGUGAAUCCUACAAAAACUUGAUGAAGAGGGAGAAUCCACAGUAGGCAUAGACAUUGCUUGGCUUCUUAUCUCAUUAUGAGAGGCUGAUUCCCUAGAGAAGACAUUAAUAGUAGGACCUGCUUUCUUUUUAAUUCUGGGAUGUUAAUGUGUCCUAGACUUAAGUACCCCUAAUAGCCAUGUAUACACAUGGUGUUAAGCACAGUACUCUUCAACUCAAUUACAUUUCUGGUAUUUAAAGCAUAUGAAGUCUCUCUUGUGUAACUUUUGAUGUCUUUGCUUACAUUUAAGAUUACAUCAGUGUCCUCUGACGAUGUGAGCUUCUAGGCAUGUGCAUUCUCAGAUUAAAAUUUCAACAAUUUAAGUUCACAAUUAACCUCUUCGAUGAUAAGUAACAUUAAAUCAAAUUACAAUUUAUUUUGUAUGGUUUACCAUCUGCGGCAGACCUCCAGAUUAUUGCGGCCAAAAGUAGGAAUAUUAUAUAUCCUAAUGACACUGGGAAUUUGUUUAAGCUGAAGAUAAUCAGACAAGUAUAUACUGUGUAAUUCCAGAUGAGUCUCCUUCUUUAAUCAUUGUAAUUAAUUGUAUUAAUACUUGGUGCGUUCAGUCAAUGCAGUGGUGUAACUAGAAACCACGGGGCCCCGGUGCGAAAAAUGGCCCAUACAUCUACCUCCUACCCCACACGUCCCCAACACAUGCAGACAAACAGAUACACAUGCAGACACAUACAUACAGAGACCCAUUCAUACAGACAUACAUACAGACACAUGUAGAGACACACAUACAUUCAUAUACACACACUCAGACAUAUACACACAUACACUCACAGACACACACACUCACAGACACACACACACACACUCACAGACAUUCACUGAGACACACAUACACUUACAGACACACACACUCACAGACACAUAUACACUUACAGACACACACACAUACACUCAGACACACACACUCACAGAUAAACACACACUCAGACAAACAAACACUUACAGACACAUACACAUUCAGACACACAUAUACACUUCCAUACACACACAUUAUUACAAUUAAAUGUCUACCCAGCCUCAAUACCUGGAGAGCAGGCGUGGAUCUGACAGGAACUCUGCCGACCACCACAUUGAAGCCCCACUGGACCCCAGUGCGGUGGUCGGCAGAGUUCCUGUCAGACGUGGCGAGGGAGCUGUGUUUUCUCUGCUCUGCUCCCUCGCGGGCUGUCUAUUGAUGCUGGGAGUUGGAAUAUGACAUCAUAUUCCGUCUUCCAGCAUCAGCAAAUGGUGUGCGAGGGAGUAGAGCAGAGAGAACACAACUCCCUCACCACGUCUGACAGGAACUGUGCCACCCGCCGGGAGGGGGGGUCCAUUAGGUGGCAAGCGGGCCACCUCUUGGGCCCCCCUAUGACAGUGGGAACACGAAGGGGGCGGCAUCUAGGUGGCCCACAGUCACAGGGGUCGUGGCUGUGGCCUGGCCCCCUGCAGUGAGGGACCCGGUCGCAGCUGCGACCAUGGUAGGUAUGUUACUGAAUCAAUGGUAAGUCAACAUCCAAAUGUUUCCAGAAUAUUCAGGAAAGCUGCUCUUCCAUAUAUUUAAAUACCUUAGCCUGUUCCAAGAAAAUGCAUGCUUUGAUUUAAAAAUCCUCCAUAUUGUCAGAAAAAAAUAAAUAAACAUAUAGUCCAUUUAAAUUACGAUUUGGUACUAUAGUAAGACUGCUCCCAAACAGUCAAUAACAAAUGAGUGUCCCAGAACCAUGUAAAGAGAAUUUCAAAUAAUCCUAAUGCCCCAGUGGUGUCUCUAUGGUAGUAUAAUUUCCAAAGAAGGAGAGCAGUCAGUGGUCUUGUAUCCAAUCAUGCACUUUAACUUUAUUAAAGAACCAGCAGUGUUUUGGUACUCAACCAUGAAAACAACACACACAACAAGCAAACCACUAUAAAUAGGAGGAGUACAUUCUUUAGAAUGCAUACUACAUUGGAGUAAACACCAGGACAUUAGGAAUAUUUGAAAUUCCGAGUGCACGGCUCAGGGACUAUAUAGCGUAUAUUAUGCAUUGGAAUUUUAUAUGCAAGCUUUGCAGGUGCAACAUCUAUAGUCCUUUAAUGACAACUGGGCAUGACAUCAUGUUAUUACUUUUACAUAAUUGUGCAGAUCAUUUGAUUGGUAGUAACCUGGCAAAUACUACUGAAAUCCAUACAAAACAUGACAUUACCUACUGAGCCAUUUGACAGUCACCAAACUAAUUUGCAGAUUUUGAAGCAUUCCCAGAGAACUAAUACACCAAGUGAUCAUCUGACAUAUAAAAAAACUGUAACUUUGGCUUACUAUAACACAUAUAAAUUUAGAUCAUAUUUUAAACCAUUGUUGUUUUCCGCUGUUAAAACAACUAAGUGCAGAUAGCAUUUGUUAUUUUUUUCUUAACUGAUUUAUGCAGGAGAUUGCUGUCAAUGUUCCAGAUUAAAUUUCUCUUUUUCCCGAUGACUGCUUUUUAUUGAAAGAAAACCAAAUUGCAUUGUAGAUCCAAAGGCAAAUGCAUUUCAUUUGUGCACUAUAUGAUUAUAUUUGCUUCCUGUAACUGAUGCAGAACAGAAAGCCAGUUGUUGAAUGCAGCAAAUGCCCACAAAGAAGAAAUUCUAGCCAAGCUUGGCAACCUCACUGAAAUGAAUAAUGACUCAAAUGGAGCUGCGGGACUUUGCUGGAAGGUGAGAUUGUACAUGAACAUUCUGUUGGUGAUACUAAAUGAUCUGAUCAUAUAUAUCGAUUCUCACUACUGUAGAAUUUUACUUUGUUGUUUUAUAAAGGUGCAGUUUAAAACGUAGAUUUUUCUGCUUUUGAAAACUGACAUUAAUAGGAAGACCUAAGUAGGAUGUCUGAUGAUAUUAAAUGUGAAUCAUUUAGGCAUGUUUACAUUUUUUUUAAAAACCAUUUAACAAGGCUGGCCAAGGAAUUUCCAUGAGCUGGACAUGUGGCAGAUGUGUCACCAUGCAAAUGAAACAGAGAUGGUAUUUCAUGAAUCUCCUAUAUUGUUUUUUUGUGUUUUUUUUCUACUCAUCUGACACUCUCUUUGAGAUAGGUUGUAAAUGUAAGAAAGAUCGUGGUAUAAUUCCUCAGACUGGCGUUUCUGCCCCCCAGUCACUAUUCGAUUAUCUUCUAAAUUGCUGUGUUUCAUAGAGAUAAAGAUUUUUUAUGGCUUUCUCACUUGAAGCAUCCAGGAAAACCAGAAAAAGGAUAACUAACUGGGCAUACACUGUAAUUUUACCGGGAUAUUACAAAAUCUUUGUUUGUGUGACAUUUCCAGAAUUACUAUUGCUAUGGAAUCUCAAAUCAAAAAUGUCACAUUUGGCAUGCUGUGCUCUGGAAAUAUAUAUCAAUAUAAAAUUCAUAAAGGCUUUAUAAUUUAGAAUGUUCUUAAUAAUCAAGGCAGCUUGCAUCAAUAAUCCUGCCUUCGGGUUUCAAAUGCUAAAUUUUGUUCAUUUAUGUGAUGAUAUUGUGAGGGUUUUUUUUAAGUCUCAGGAUCAAAAUAUAAAAUAUAAUCUUUAUCAUUUUUAUGGCUUUACGUCUAAAGGGAAAAUAAUUGUAAUUUCACCUAGUCAUAAUAAUCAUCAUGAUUUGUGAUUAAAGGAUAUUUAGCAUUUUAAACACAUUUCUAAUAAUUUGAUGUGGUUCCAGGAAUGCUCUUUAUGUAGGAUAAUGUGUUCUCUUUUAUAUUAAAUCCAAGGUAGGAUUGAAUUUUAAAUUUCUUUAAAGUGUUUCCAUAGUUUCAUAGUUUGCAAUCAACAGUAUACUACUUUUUUUAACACAAUUCUAAUUGCAGUGCUAUUUGCCAAGAAUGAAUUUAAUCCUAAGGAUUAUAAAGCCCAUUUAAUGUUGUAAGGUUGAAUAAAAUAUGUUGAACUAUGCACCACAAUACACUUACUACCUUUACAUUAUAUUAGGGCUGUGAUAUGUUGUAUAAUAUUGAGGUGGACUUACCAUCACCUUUUAAUGAAUGGUGUACAUUAAUGCAUUAAAAUAAUCAAUUUUAAUACAGUGUUUAUCUCUUAACUCCCAUUUAUAAAUAUAAACACAUUGGCUAAAGAAAUGUGCCUUAACCUAGUAUAUAAAUGUUUCUCAGCAUAUUCUACCGUUUAACUACAUUAUUUGAUAUAUGUCUAAUAAACAAGAAUUGAUAAAGAUGCUGCUUUCUCAUUAAAUAUUGUGUUAUUUAUGCAUACUGAUAUGAAUAAAACAUUUACACUUCCAGAACAUAAAAAAUGGAUUAUGGUCAUUUAGUUGCAAAUAGCUUCACGAUAAAAGGGUUAAUUUCAGUUUUCCUAAACGAGUUAAAUCAAUUCAAUUGAACUUUCAAGUGAAUGUGGAAACCAUAAUAGUACUCCAGGUUUCUCUGUAGCCUAGCUAGCAUGAUACACUCGAUAUGGUGCACAUGGGUGUACAAUGUUUUUUUGGCAAAGUACUUUCACAUUUACCCUUUUUUCCUUUAAUCCUGUUAAAUACUUACACUGAACAAAAAUAUAAACUUUUGCUUUUGCCCCCUUUUUUCAUGAGCUAAACUCAAAUAUCUAAGACUUUUUCUAUGUACACAAAAGGCCUAUCUCUCUCAAAUAUUGUUCACAAAUCUGUCUAAAUCUGUGUUAGUGAGCCCUUCACCUUUGCCGAGACAAUCCAUCCACCUUACAGGUGUGGCAUAUCAAGAUGCUGAUUAGACAGCAUGAUUAUUGCACAGGUGCAAUGCUUUCCCAUAGGAAUGCUCAGUGUCUCCAUACCGAGCAUGGAGAUGCUGAACGUCAGUGCUGCACAUAGUGAUAGGAAGCACCUCUAGUGGCUGUCUAAGUGACUGUAGGUGUUACUAGGCAGCAAUGUAAACACUACCCUUUCUCUAAAAAGGCAGUGUUUACGGUUAAAAGCCUGUAGGAAUAGACUAUAAACACCAGAAAGUCUACAUUAAGCUGUAGAGGUUCUGGUGACUAUAGUGACUAUAGUGUCCCUUUAUAUGACAUAUGACAUGGGGUUUUGACUUAUAAAACUUUGACCCACAUACAGAUAAAUAUUACCUAAAUGCAGAUUUGUGAAAUAACCUCCAUAUAUUGUCCUGACCAGCCUAGCGAAAAGAGCAUUCUUAAAAAGAGAGAAACCUUUUAAAAUACUAGAAAAACAUAUGUACACCAAAAUAGUUCCUUCAAGCACAACAACUGUAUUAAAAGUGUCACUAAGUUAAAUUACUGGAAAAAAAUAAAUACUAAUAUGAUUAGCUGUAUAAAGAGCCUCCUAUAACCUCAUCUAUUAAUCAGGAGAAAAUCUCAUCAUUCCUUCUACACCCUAUAUGAGCUGGGAUUUGACAUAACCACUAAAAAUAUAGGUCAGCCUUACAAAUAUAAUACUAGAAAAUAGCCUUUCCUAAACUUAAGAUGCCCAGUCUACACAAGUAGACUAAAAUUAAGCAUUCCUUAAUCCUAUGGCUUUUUUAUAAAAUCAAAAUUAUAAAAAGUAAGAUAUUUUAUCAUUUGUUUACCCACCGAAAUAGACAUUCCUCAAAGUAAAAUUUAAAAAAAGCCUGUGCUGAUUUGUUCUAGUCUUGUGCAUGUUGAAAAAAAAUUGUUUCGGCUGAACCACUUCGCCUGAAAAUAUAUAUGUUUUCAGGACUGCAAAAUUUCAGUCAUAUGGUGGUUCAGUGCGACUGAGUUUCGUUAACAAAAAAAGAUUCAGGAAGACGAAUUAGAUGACACAAAAUGGAGCGAAAAUGGGCCAAUAAGUGUACUGCAAAAUAUAUACAUAAUAUAAGUAUGAUCGUAUGCUUCUGCCAUUGAUUCACAGAACAAGGUAGAAAAAGUUACCAAUAGAGGGAAAAAGAGGAGUUGCAGUAAAAACAACCUAUAUUUAUAUAUCAUGAAUUUAUAAAUAUAAUAUGGACAGUCAUGGACAGUGAACUGCAGUUCGUAAUAAAACAAAUCUCCAAGUCUAAUCUGGUCUAAUAAUAUAUUUUGAACAUCAGAUUUUGCCUCACUGCCCUCCUGAGGCUCUCAGCUUAACCUUGCUGAGACUGCCUCAUAUUUUAUUAGUUGAGCCAUUUAUAAACUGUUCUGGCCCCAUAAGUUUAUUGAACUACUUCCUUAGUGCAGGUAUUUUUUAAUUCUUUUGUAUCUUUUUGUGUACCACAAUGUAGUUUUUUUUAUUUAUUUGUAGUUUAAUCACAGAUGUCAAGUAUUCAUAGCGGUCGACAGGUGUUUUUCUGCAGGAUUGUAUAUAUUUCCUUACUUUUUCUGCAGAUUUCAUCAUAUAGGUAGCAGUGAUGCAAUUUUGAAAUAAAGCCCGAUACAGCCAACUAAAUCUUUCUAUAAUUCUGGUUUAGAUUCCUCAGUGAUUUUAUGUUCCCCCACUUUAUAUUGUACCUCCUAGUGGUACUUUAUUUGCUUGAAUAUUCUGGCUACUGAGUAUCUUCAAUCUGACAAAUCUUAUUCUUAACUGUACCAGCACAUUUAUAUUAAAUUUUUUUGGAUAUUUACUGCUUACUGACUUAAGCUAUGAUUGUCAUUCUCCACAUUCCAAAUAAAAAAUACAAUAUCUAAUAUUAUAUUCUCGGGUCUAUUAGAGCAUGUAAAAGGAAAUAGUUGAUAUAUUUUCUCACUCGAAGGUUCGCUCAACUUGCCGCUGUUUAAUUCUUCUUCAUCAGUUGCUCACGUUCUUGGCAACCCUAUUUACAAAGAGUAUAAAAUGGUAGAUGUACGGAAGAUCAGAUCUUCUUAAUCUGGAUAAGUUUUCUUGUGCAUCUAAAAUUAUAGACCAAAAACAUCUUUUGUGCUUCUGAAGAUAAGAUGUAUUUUCCAAUCAACCGUUAUCAAUGAUGACUGAUACAAAAUGAAAAUGAAGUUCAACCCAUUAACACUUUUUGCAAGCAUUAAACUUAUAUAUAAGACAAAUAGUUAUUGGCAUUUAUAUAGGGCCAACUUAUUAUACAGAGCAUUACAGUAUUAAGGGGGAAUUUAAUAACAAAUGAGACAAUCUAUUACAAAUGUUGACAGAGCAAUAGCUUGGUGAGGACCCUGCUAAAACAAGCUUACAAUCUACAAUUGCAUGCACAAUUAAAUUCAAUUAAAUUCAAUGAAAACAUCUAAAGGGAUAGUAUUGCUUUUAAAAAGAAUCUAAUUUUUAUGCAGAAUUUUACUCUGGUGGUCCUAUUUGUGAAUUUAUUGGUAGUGAAGUGAUUAAGAGUGUAACACAUGUAGGAUCUAGCAGACGUGCCAAUGUUCUCUUCUACAAGUACUUUUUAGGGUGAUUUUGAAAAUGUCCAUAAUAUUAAUAGCAACGUAAUAUGUUACUGGUUAUCUAAUAAAAGCAUAUGACAUGAUUUAAGCAAUGCUUGCAAGCAGAACACUGCCUCAUUACAAUAGAAAACAAAGUACAUGUGAGGAGCAGAAGUUAAUUGGGCGAUAUACAAACUACAAUAAGACAUAAGUGAAGAUUUUAAAGGCUUAUAAUUUUUUAACAGUCUCAAUCUUCACAUAUAAACAACUAGUGGAGAAGUAUUCAUUACUGGUGUUACAUAUAAAUAUUAUUUUUACAUUAACCUGAUACAUUCAGGUUAAUGUUGCUGCAAUUUUGUUUCCACAUGUAACAUUUGUAUUUUUUAACAAAAAGUUAAUUAUUUAUGUGGUAAUUGUAUGGAAUAAUUAUUUUCAGAAAGAAAAUCAUUUUAUGUUUAUUGUGCUCUGAUUCUAUCUGUUAAAACAAAUGUCGUUUUAAAAACAGAUGCCUUAUACUUACGUUUUAGCUGCUACUAUUUUUCUCACAACAAAAUAAAAUAAAAUUUUUUAACUAAAAUUAAACCUGUCAUUUAUAAGGCUGUCUACCAUUCCAGUUCUUGGAGGUACACAGUUGUUAUUAUUUUACAUUUGUAGCACUCCAUCCCCUUGCCAGGCAAUCCUCCCCUCUGAUGUCCAAAUUUUGGAAUGUUGUCAAGUGUGACAUGUUUGCUCUGGGAAUAGCACCACGAGGGAGAGCAGGAGAUGAAGUGUUCUCUUGCCUGCUCCCACCUAUCACUUGAUUUUCAACAUAGAGUCUUCGCCAAGGACUGAUUGACAAGUGAGGAAAUUAUAGAUAUUAUUUUAAAUAUAAAUGACUUACAAACUAUGAACUUGCAAACAUUUUGAUAUCUCAUUGCACAUGUGCUCUUUCAAUAGAAUGAAAGUGAACAUACUCAUGUCAUGUACACAUUAAAUUAAAAGCAAACCAAGUAAAAUAAUGCAAUUCAAUUUAACACCUUAACACAAAAGCCAUUUUUGCACUUUUUGCUGUUGUGUUCAAAGGCAAUUUGCAUCUCUGUCAAUUAUUGCUCCAACACAUAUUAUAUACCAUUUUUUAGAAAGCAAAAAUGGCUUUAAUUUGAUUACAGAUAUACAUAGAUAAGUUCUCAUUAAUUUAAAAAAAAAAAUGCCAAACAAUGGGAAAAGAAAAACACUUUUUUUUUUUCCCCAUGGUUUUGGCAAUAAUAAUGUUUGAUAAUAUGUCCAACUUACGUAAAGUAAUUCAAAAUAAAUAAAUUUAUGUGUCUUGAUUUAUAGACUACAUAAUAUGUGUAGGAUUUUAGCUUAUUUUGAAAAUUACAGGACACAAAAUACAAGGACUAAAAUAACAUUUUAAUGUGAAACAAUUUUAGAAGUUGGUAUGUUUGUCUUGUAGGUUUAGUAGCCAUCACAGAAAACAAAAUUGCCACAGAAAAGUAUAUAUUUAUAUAAAGUAGAUAUCACCUGAUAUUUACCUAAGGUUAAUUUGACAAUUUUAACUUUUUGGCAUAUACACAUAUAACAAGGUUUUUGUAAUGUGUAUUUCAUAAAGCUGGUGUGUGCUAUUCCUGCCCAUAUUGUGUUCAGUUACAUAUGCUGAGUAUAACAAUACCCAUAUUGUAUGCAUUUGGCACUCUUCUGUGAAUCUACAAUGCCAUAAAAGAGACAAGGCUAUUUCGUUUCUAUAGUUAGAAUUUUCAUAGACGGAUUUGACGAUCCUAUGUCUCAUUUUAGGGUAUUACAGCAGUUUGACUGUUCAAAUAAACCCACAAAGGGCUUUCAUUUGAUAAAGCAGACAUGCCGGGGUAUCUUAUAUGGCAUAUAUUGUGCCUUAACUUGUUACCAUUUUUUCACCAAUUUAUGCCAAUGUUUGUGGUGAGGGGAAAAAAAUUGCAUUUUACCUACAUGUUGCAUUUUUGCUGAGUAUUUCUUACACUUGAUAUGUGCCACUGUCAUAAAAUCCCCCAAAUUAUGCUCAGUUACAUCUUUUGAGUAAAACAAUAUGCCCAAUGUAUGACCUCGACACUAUUUUAUGAAGUUAGAGUGCUGUAAAAGAGAUGUGACAAGUUCAGGUUUUUAAGUGUGAAUUUUCAUGGAGGGUUUUGAUGCGUCUGUGCCCCACUUUGGAGCACUUUAGCAGGCUACAUAUUCCAAAUACACCAUAAAGGCAUACCAUUUUUUAAAGAAGACACUCCAAGGUAAUUCAAAAGGCAUAUUUUGAACCUUAGCAUGGGACCAUUUUGUAGCUAUUUUGCACCAAGUGUAGUGGUAAUAAGCAUUUUUCCGCAUUUUUGACCCACACAGUGAGCUACUACUGUACAUUGUGCAAAUCUUAUGUGUGGUACGGCUGUAUAAUACUUCAUAUGUUGCUCAGCUAUGUAAUCUAAAUACAGCAAUACCCCUGUAUGUACCUUUUCAAACUUUGAAUUUUUACGCUGUGUCCAUGUCCCAUUUUGGAAUAUUUUAGCAGGCUAUAUAAUCCAACUACAGCAUUAAGGCAUACCAUUUCUUAAAGAAGACAUCCCAGUAUUUCAAAAGGCAUAUUUUGAACCUUAGCAUGGGAUCAUUAUUCCACUAGCUUGUACCAAGUAAGAAGCAUUUUUUUGCAUUUUUGACACACAAAGUGAGUUUGCGCAGUAUAUUUUGCAAACCUUAUGUGUGCUACAGCUGUAUAAUACGUUAUAUGUUGCUCAGCUAUGUCGUCUGAGUACAACAAUACCCCUGUAUGUACCUUUGCCAGGUAUAUGUGGAUGGUGAAAGGGCACAUUUGAGACGCAGCCAUUCAGUUUUUUUAUAACUUUGAAGUUUUACACUGUGUCCAUGUUCCAUUUUGGAGUCAUUUAGCUGGUUUGUUAUUCAAAACUACUCCACAAACGCGUGCCAUUUUUUAAAGAAUACACCCUGGGGUAUUUCAAAAGGCAUAUUUUGAACCUUAGCAUGGGAUCAUUUUUCCGCUACUUUGUUCCAGCUGUAGUGGUAAUGAGCAUUUUUAAAUGUAUUUUUUUUACUCUUUUAAACUUUAUUUUACUUUUUAAAAUUUGUUUUUAAACUUUAUUUUUUAGAAACUUUUUUUUUCCGUUAACCUCUAACUAGCACUAAGCAGCACUAACAGUAAAUUCCUCAAUUUUCCAUAACUCCCACCCACCCCAGCUAGCAAACUAUAUAAUUCGAAAAUAAAAUAAAUAAAAGUUAACCAUCAGGGGUUAAAAAAAAAUCUUUUUUUUAAAUGUUAUUAAAAUGUUGGGAUUUUUUUUAAAUGUUAUUAAAACUUUUUUCAAACUUUUUUAAAACUUUUAAAGCUUUUAUUUAAAAAAACUUUUUUAAUGUUAACCCCUAGCUAACCUAACACCAAAUUCCCCAAUUACCCACUAACUUCAACCCACUCAGCUAGCUAAAUAUAUAAUUUUAAAAUAUUGAAAUUAAUUAAUAAAAAAAAAUGUAAUCCCUGAGGGUAAAAAAAUAAAAUAAAAAAAUAACCCUCAUGGGUUAAAAAAAAUCAGAUGACAGUAAAAUGUAGUCCCUGCCAAUUUAUCACUGUAGUCAGCGAUCAAUUGGCAUGGAAGGGGUUAAAAUUAUUAAAGCAGGGGAAAGAGGGGGUGGGAGCAGACCGUGGAAGCACAGGGAGAUGGACCAGGAGUCCCUGCAGCACAUGUGCUCACUCUGACAGGUUAUCAGUGCAAUCACAGCUACAGGGACAGUGCGAUCGGGUGCUGCAGGGAGACAGAUCAGUGCUGAUCCUCUUCACCCUGUAAAAAAAAUAAAGUUAAAGUUAAAUCACACCUUCUCUUUCCCCUGCUUUAAUAAAAUUAACCCCUUCCAUGCCAACUGAUCACUAACUACAGGGAGCGGCGAUCUGGGGUUAACUUUAGUAAAUGACGGAAAUUUUCCAUCAAGGGUCCUUAACGCAAGAACAAGUUUGACAAACAAAUUUCAUGUUUGGUCAGGAAGGGGUUAAUAUAUAUAUUUUUUAAUUUACUUUUUACAUUUUUUAUUGCUAUUUAGGGUGGUACAGUGGUAAUUGCAAUACAGUUUAGAAGUGUACAACAAGCAUUAAGGUUAUAUCACAAAGAGCAUGUACAGUAAUCACUGUGGCAUAAGUUGCAGCAAACGGCAUUGCAUUCCUGUCUUCUGUUUUUAUAUAUUAAUGUGUAUUGUACCCAGUUGACAGGUACAGGUCGUCAUACUUCGCCAUCAACAUAAAGAACAGGGACACCAUAGUCCGGCAGAAUUACAGUACAUGUAUGUUGGUAAUACUGUCCGGAGGAGAAGUAUUUUAGUUGACAUAAGGUUCGGUUUAGUGCAAGUUGGUGUAUGCUGGAAGAUAUAGGUAUCAGCGAUUAUUGCAUGUUAUUGCAUGUUAGUGGGUAAUUGCAUGUUAGUGGAUAAGGUGGUGUAAGAAGGGGUGCACAAGAAACAUAUGUGUGAAUUUAUCAUUUAUCGUUAUAGAUUGGAUGGUCGGCUAAACCUCAGCCAUUUCAGAUACUAUUUAAAUGUCUGCGUGGUGUGAAAGAUAAGAUACCCAAGGGCCACUAUGUUCUGAAAACGUCUUUGCUUAGUCGUCUUGGAGGUCAUGCUCUUCAUUGGUCCAAAGUACAGAAUCAACAAUGGUCUGAAACAACUCUGCCAGUAUAUCAUAAUGGGAGAUUCUAUGAUGUGGAAAUCACCGUAAAUCAGAGCGUGCAUACAGUAAGUGAUUAUCUGUGUGCAAAAUAGAUCACAUUAAUUUAUUUAGUUGAUGAUUAAUGAUGCAAUUGUUACUAGGUUACUGAUUUUUUUUUCCUGGUGCUGUUAGACAAAAUACAAACGUGAAUCCUACCUACUACCUUAAUCAAGUAGAAAAAUAAAGAAAUUAAACAUUUUGAAAUUUUGGAACGGUAAAGGUUUCUGCACAUGGAGAUGGCAUGGAAAAAAGUGGGUGGAGUUUAAAUAUGAUGUUUGUCUUCAAUAAAAAUGUGGGCUUGGUUCUCUUAGAAGAGUAGGGUUUUACUUUACUUCCUGAAUGUAAAAUUUCCCACUGAUGUCAAUGGAGAAAAUACUAUUUUUUUUAUGAGAUAAACUCUUCCUUGCGGGUAAAGUGUCCUAUAUCCAUGCCACAAUAUAUCCACAUGGCUACAUGGCAGUCACAAAUAUGAACAUUAGUCUUUUACCCAGUUGAACAAGUUCUCUUGUUUUGUAUGGAUUAUGCUAAUAACUGAAGAGUCCAUCACUGAUAUCUACACUCUAGAUCCAAUUUAAAAAAAUACCUUCUGAUUUCAGGAUUCAUAACCUUUAUUUGUAGUGACCUAAUUCAUGCAUAUGGCUUGCUAACCAGUUUUUCAGUUAUGCAAUUAUACCAGAAACCCUCUUAUAUGGUUUUCAAAGGAUAAUAUUUUGGGAUCCAUAAUAUAAUACAUGAUAUAUUUUUUGAUAUUUGAAUAUUUUGAAAUAAUUAUUUCAAAUGUAUAAUUAUUAAUAACAAAUUUCAUUGUUGUGGAUAAGCAUUUCAAAUUAUGUAAUAUAUUUGGUUAAUAUAUUUGGCUACUCUUUUAUAAUUAUUUAAUAUUUUGAUAAAUAGUUUUGAUAUAUUUUUUAUAAAUUAUAUAUUUUUUAUAUUUUAAUGUAUUUUUUAACUGCAUAAAGAAAUAUUAAAUCAUUUGAAAAGCUUAUCCAAAAAUAUUAAAUUUGAGAAAAUAUGUAAAUAUGUGCUUAUUCCAACAAGUGGGCACGUAAUGAAAUAGCCAGACAAAUCAAUUUUGAGUCUCAACCCAAGGGUUUAAAGUAUUUUUUUUAAUAAAGUGUAUGAUUAAUUCAGGAUUUAUCAAAAUUGUGCAGUGUCCAUUCGAUACAUAGUACUUUCAUAGGAGGUAGAAGAUACAAGUAGUAAUAAAUAGUCUUAUAAAAAAUAUUAAUCUAGAUCUUGAUGCCACAGUUAUGUUAAAACUAAUUAGAAAAUUCCCUUUUCUGGGGAAGACAAAUUAGAAGCUUCCCAUUUGUCAACCAAUUCCAUCAAGGACCUAUUCCAGACAGUACCAUUUUAUUAAGACGGUAGUGGUAGGAGUAAUUAUCAGCUUGCUCAUCGUAAGAGAUGGCUUUGAGAGUUCAGUCCCAAUCCUGCUAGACCUCUCUGUUACUUUUUGACAUUGUGAAUAUUGAGAUUUCAAAGGACCAUGGGGAAAUAUGUGGGAUGGAGACCAAUAACAGGUCAUUAUCAAAUUCCACGUCUUAUACUUGAAAACAUAGUUCUUGAUAAUAUUAAUAAUGUAUUUGUGUACUCUCACUUAGACUACCACAAUAAAUUAUAUCUGGUGGCUUUCAGGGAAAGGAAAAAAAUCACAAUGGGGGAGGUUUAUCAUAGUGUUUAAGACAGUUUUGUGCUUUUUUUUGUUGGUUUUUGUUUGGUGCACUUUAUUACAUCUAUUUGGAUUUUACAUGUUACUUUUAUUGUUUUAAAUGGUUUUUAUUGUUUUUGCAGUAAAAUUGCAUGCAUAUUAUGAGGAGCGAGAUUCAGCAUAAUGUUGCCUGCGCAGAAGCUCAGUGUUGUAUAAAAUCAUAGUUGCAUAUGUGCCUGCGCAGAGGCUGAUUACAGUUGUACCACACAAUACAUCGUCGUCUGUACGUUUCAUGCUUAUAAAAUCUGAACCGCUGACCUGCGAUGCAUAUUGUCUAGUGAUGUUAUUCUUAAUAUCAUGCAGUGUAAAAUACAGUACAGGUAUCUGGCAUGUUAACGUAGGAAGCACUUGAUCGCCUUCGCUGAAGUUUGUGCAUUCCCUCAUAUGUGAUGGGUGCAGUGUGGUAACCGUGCAGAUGUGUGUUGCUGGCUGAAAUGCUAAAUGUCGGGGAAAACUAAAGCGCGGUUCUGGAUAAUUGCGCCUAUGCAUCAAUUUUUUCCUUCGCUUAAGUUGUGCUUAUCUGGGCAUAUGAGCCAGUGGUUUUAAGCAGUGUAGCACUGUCAUGUAGCCUUGUGUCUGAUGUGUCACGUCACUUGUCUGUAAACUUUAGCUCUUAAGGGUAUCAUAGCUUUUCAUAUGUGUCGCUGUGGCUAUGUGUGGAUAUGCACUGUAAGCGUCUUCCCUGACUGUGGGAGAGUUAACGUAUAUUCUGUAGAACUCAGUGAACAUAUUCCUUUCUAAGUUAAAAUGUAGGCAUGUUAACAUACAAUAUAUGUUGCACCCAUCUGGCUAUCAAGUCAGCAGUAAUACAUGGCAUUAUGCUUUUGCCCUAGUGAGCGCUGUAACGUAAAUGGCAUGUUCAUUUUUUUUUUCCGAACUAUGUAUGUGCUUAAGAAAAAUAAUAAUGAAACGGUGCAUUUCUGACUGAAUUGCUAAAUUCAAGCUCUAGGCACCUAGUCUUUAACUACAGGUCUAGACGGUCAUACAGGUAAGUACCGUACUAAAGGUUUUUGCGGGUUCAAUCUUUAGAUAGUUGGCAAUUGUGAUAUCUACCCCUAUAUAAAAAGGCUUUGAAAUAGGCGGAAUUUGAUUUAUGUAUAUUUUAACUUGGCAGGUGCCAUUGUUUUUAUGCCUGAGUUUAAACCCGGAGGUAUUCGGCACACAAUGCAUUCACAAUCUUAGGUAAUUGUUGCCUGGGGUUUAACAGUUUAAGAAAACUAAAAAGAGAACAGAAAUUGUGCGAUAAAUGAUUUAGGGUAUAACAAUAAGCGAAUUAUGUAUGAUGUUCAUGGACCUUUGCAAAGAGAAACAGUAGUAUGUCGAACUCCAGCAAAACCCAUUCAAGGUUUAGAACUUGAGUCACUUCUCUGGAGGGGGCGUAAUGGCGCCCGGUGUGGUGAUAUGGUCCAUUGUGGACUCGUCAUCUCCCAUGGUGGUAUUUUUGCAGGCUUCUUUCUGGUGUGUCCUCACCAUGGUUGCUGCAGGGCUAGCAUGCACAUGGUGAGUCAGCUGUGCCCCCCUGGGUCUCCCCGGUUCCCCCGGUUGUGACUGAGCCCCCCCUGCACCCUCCAAAGGCAUGCUUCUGUGUCUUUUAGGGUGUUCUACCUCGCCGUGGGCACUCAGAGACUGGAGCCGUUCGUCGUUCUCCCCCCCCCGUAGAGUCUGUGGGGUCUCAGUCUCCUGCACCUCCCCGGCCUCAGCUGGGCCUCCCUGGAGCUCUGGCCCCAUCUUGCCUCUCCCGCCGCCGGCCACUUAUAUGACGCCGGUACGUGCUCGCGGAAUUGGGGGCAUAUUCACCCGGACCACCACAAAAUCCGGGAAUCAGGGCCGGCUCCUUGUCGACCUGUCCACUGCCCGGAAGGGCCCAGUCACCCCAGGGGCCGCGGCGUCCCAGCGUGGAUCUCUGCUGCGUGUAUGUGGUUUGCUGGCGGCCAUUUUAGCUCUGUACAGGGAGGCAUCUCAUUCUGGGUGUGCUUCCACCUCCAGCUUUUAAAGUUCCGACUUUUGGGCCGGGAUCACAGCCAAAGAGGCAAAAAGGCUGUGAUUGGCGCUGACCCACUACUUAAUUUGGGAAGGCGUCAGGGCACCCCAGGCACCACAACCACUGUAGAGGUUACAAUCUUGACAUGUUCCUUUAAUACCACUCAUCUCCACACUACUACUAUGAAAAAAAAAAAACUAUGCAUUACUUUGAGUUAUACUACAAAAAAUAAACUAUAUAAACUUCUAUUGUUUCAUGACACCAUAAGGAGUUUUGUGGAUCAGGUAGAACCAGGAUGGGUGCCAAGGUGAAUCAUUGUUUUAUUUGCUUUAUUAUGUCAAAGGCCCUCUGUACUUGUUUGCUGUUCUGGAAACAUUUUCUCUUUUAAGUUAAUGCCAUAAUAAUUUGGAACAGAUAGGAGAAUAUCUUGAAAGUAAAGUUUAUGAAUCUCGCAAACUACAACGGUGCUAGAAUAUUAAAACAAGUAGCAGAAACCCUCAUAAAAGAAUAUGGAUAAAGAAUUUUUGCUAAUCAAAAAGAAAAAGUCAGCAACACUUUUGGAAGUAUAGCAUAUUGCUAUAGUACUAUAAUGCAUAUUUAGAAGAGUCAAUAGCAGUGUUAUCAGAAUAUGGAUAAGGAGAGAUUUGCUCCUCUUAAUGGAAGCCUGCAGAGAAAAAAGUAGAAACUGUUCAAAAAUGACAUUUAAUCCACAUACUCUAUGUAAAUCAUAAGCAUGCUCUAUUAUUCAUUAUAAAAAGGGCAUUGCACUUUUAUUAUAUUAAAAAUGAUACGCAAAUUCUGUGAAAAAUUUAGUGCCCUUUCUUCAAGUUUUAAGAACACUUAUCAUGUAGUCAUUCAGUACAGGCAUCACAGCUAGGAUUUUAAAAUACAAUGCUCUUUCAAAAUUAAUGAACUUCAAUAUUUAUGCUUGAAGGAAAAAAAGAAUGCUAACGUUUUAUUUUUCAUUUAACCAUAUGAGAGCAAUAGAGGUGUGCAGCGUUUUCCAUUGUAGUGUGUGGCACAUUCCUGUGUCAGUCAAAGGGUUAAGUUCUCUUUAAUACUUUAGAAGGUAAGGACUUCUAACAUUGAGCGAUUCUAAAAUGUAUGGAGAAUGGGAUUCAUAUGCUUGUCACUAUUAGUCAUGGCUACAAUUUCUUCCCCAGAAAUGCUUUCUGGAAACUACAUAUAUCAGAAACUGAUUAACAUGACCUGAGGUAUUCAUUUUUAAAAGAUGUUGAGACCAUCACUUCCUAAGAGGUUAUUUUCUGUAUGUCAGCAUCUGCUGUGGAAUAGGAAAUAAUUUAAUAAGAGGCACAUACAUGGUGUUUCUAACAAUAAAAUAAAGUGAACACAAGAAAUAAAACGCAUUACAGUAAGAGUAGUGUAAAAAAAAAUUAGACUCCCACUGUAGGAUGAAAAUUUCAUGGGUUGAGAGCAGACAACUUGCUAGUGAAUGUAGAAACCAAAUAUAAUAGCUAAAUGAGUGUUCUUAAAGAAGAUUUGUCAUAUUGAAUUGAAUAAAACAUUGACGGUGUUAUUCACUGAAUCUAGAUCUGGUAAAAAUUACCGAAUUCUAACUAUACUGGAAAUUCUUAUAUUUACUAAGUCAAAUACACACAGAAUUAAUUUGUCUUGAGUGAAACUGCAGCAGUCGCUAAUAAAAAGCCUAUGGGGGUCAAUAACAUCAUAUGCCCCCAUCUGCUAUGCGGAUAAGAUACUCUUUUAAAUUUGUUUUAAAGAUAUAGCAAAUAUCAUUAUUUUCCUGUUCAGACAAGGCAAAACCAGGGCAAACAUUAAAGCAUUGGUGACAUUUAUCAAAGUGUUGCAUUUUAAAAACUGAUCUAAAGUACUAAAAGUGGGGCAAAUACCAUGCAAACCAAUGGAACCAGCAGCCACAAUCCAUGUAUGUAUCUUCUACAUUUUUGCACCACUUUUUAGAAGAGAACACUUCAGUAAAUGUAUCCCACAUUAUUUUCUUCACUUCUCUGUAUUCGUUCUCGGUACUAGUUUCAAGGUGCAAACGAUAGAGUAGACUUGGAGAUUUGUUUCUGGCCAAAUUGCAAUUCGGCCAAAUUCGUGCUGAAUAUUCCAAUUUCUGAGUUGCCUUAGACUAGAAAUUAGAAGGAACCAACUCACAGAAGUCUGUACAUGCUCCUUUUCAUUUGUGAUUUGCGUUUCAUGCGUGUCAUUGCUAGCAUCAGAAAAAAAGGGUGAUGAACAGGAGAACAGGUUGUUUUUUUGGUGGGUGCAAAUAAGCAAGAGCUCUGCACAAUGAUGUGGGCUGGGUCUCUUCUCCAAUCAGGAGGUAACAAAAAUAAAGAUGAUUGAUGUUUAGGAGACAGAAACUAAAUGAUAAUUGUAUUCACAAAUCAAAUAAUUGCUAACCAAUAUAGGGAAAAAGAAAGGACAGUAAAACAAUCUUUACAUUACAUUAAGCUGUAGUUGUUCUGGUGGCUAUAGUGCCUCUUUAAGUUGAAACAACUUUACAGUAGUAAAUCCACCAACCACCAACUCAUUUGGCAACACUUGACACUACAAAUGUAUGGAAAAGUUUUGUUCUUGUUAGGGUGGAAGUGUUACGUGGGUGGUCAACUGCCCACUGACAUUUUUUGUUUCAUUUUUGGAUAAUUUGAAAUGACUCGUGCUCUCCAUUUUUCAUUAAUACAAAAGGAGGAAGAAUUACAAUCAAUCAUUAAAGAGUAUUAUAAAACUUCUCUCACUUCCUAUUUUUUAAAUCCAGAUGUUUAAUAUUCUGAUUUUGGCAACUCAGAACUGCUAUUGGAUUAAUGCCUGAUAGACUUGGAUGCUGUAGAAAUUUAUGUUUCCCCCAAUUUCAUUCAUACAACAACAAAAUAAAAUUGUUUCUUCUAAACUGAAUUUCGUCCUUGAUGUCAUUAAUUUUUGGAUGAAAUUUGCUAAUUAUUUUUGGAAUUUCCACAAUUUGUGCAGUGACUGCAACUUGCUGUUGUUUAGCAUCUAACUCUUAUGGGAUAUCUAUAUUUAAGGGUACUAAAUUAGGGAACUGUUUAGUACUUAUUUAAGGAUAACUUAUUUGGUAUCCUUAUAGUAAUCCCACCUAAGAAAUAGGGAGUGAUCUACUAAGAAGUUGAAACAUCAAUAUUAGAAAAAUACCUUCCUUUUCCUAAUUUUGGUCGUUCAGUCAACUUAUUAUUUAAAUUUUGGUCGUUCAGUCAACUUUUUAAGAAUAAGGGAGGUUUAAUUCUUCCCUCAUGCCACGGGUAGUGACAUUUCAACUAAACAGUGAGCAAUAGGUGGCUGCUUGCUGUCAUAUUGCUGAUCAGUCACUUAUUCAAUAAAGGAAGGGUCUGACACAGGUCCGUAGUGCCCAUACUGUGCAUACAUAGUGUUUCCUCUGUGGUACGUGGGUGGGAGCUGUUAAAAUUGAAUUAAGGGGGGGGAGGGGGCAUAGUGUUGCCCAAGCUCUACUUGUGGCCAAAGUGUGAGUCUAUUAUAAAAUAUGAACAGAGUAGUGUCCUCACAGCUUCUUUCUUUCAGAGGUGAGUGGGGACUGUAAAUAAUAAACCUGGAGUGGACCUAUUGUACUCCCAGACCCACACUUAUUGGCGGUGGGUGAGGGCCUCUUUCUCCAACAUAAGCUGCCCCAUCUCCCUAAUAAUCGCAAGGAGCCCUAUAAUCUAAAUUCCUGAGUGAAGAACAGGUAUAUGCAGUAUGACUUAAUUAAUUCAUUACAGAGCCCACAGAUGUGUAUAAGUGCAAUACAGGUAAUGUCAGGUACAUGUAAAUGUUUUAUAGAUCACUACCGUACAAUAUGUUGUGUGUUACUAUAUUAGAACUGCCCUCUAUAGCCAAAAAAAAAUUAGUAACAGUGUGCUUAAAAUAUGUUGACAUAGUAAGAAUAAAUGUUCUAUAGUAGGAGUGAAUGAUAGGACUGGAGAUCCAAGGAAAUCCAAGCAUCUCUAUAAUGAAGCAAGCAGUGUCUUGUGCCAGUGUACUCCCCAAAAAGUUUUACCAGGUCCUGCAGUCAAAUGUAAUUUACAAACAGCAAUGUGGCACAAUUCAAGAAAUAUGCGCUUAGUGACAAGGUGAUAAAUGUGUCAUUGCGAAGGCUAAUAAGUGUAAGGGCAGGCCUGCCAGCACAAUACAGGGACAUCUUGCAGAACACUGAGGAUGCAUUCACACAGCUCGAGUAUAUUGAACUACAUUAUAACAAUGUCUACAUAAUAGUGCAGUACAUUCUUACCUGUACAUCACUAGAGCAGCAAUCAUUGGCUGAGGGUAAUCAGCUGAUGCUCUCACCAAUGAAUGAGCAGCAGGAUUUGCAUCCACCUUCUACAGCUCUUCAGAAGUAGGAUAUCAUAAAUCUACCUAUAAAAGAGACCUGGCACCCAGCAGCGACCCAGACAAGAAAGCAAACCGUAGCAAAAUGUUUUUCUUCAAUUCUGGGAAACAGAUACUCCUGGCAUCAUAACAACUACAGUGGGCAAACGUGGUUAUAAUGAUUGAAAUUAACCCUUUAAGUUUCAUCUAAUGAAGCAGUUCUUAGUAGCAAGAAACCAUGUUUAGAAUACUUUGAAGAAAUAGUCCAUGAUUUUAAAGGUACACUAUAGUCACCAAAACAACCUUAGCUUAAUCAAGAAGUUUGGGUGUAUAAGUCAUGCCCCUGGAGUCUCACUGCUCCAUUAUCUGUCAUUUAGGAGUUAAAUCAUUAUCUGCCAUUUAGGAGUUAAAUCACUUUGUUUAUGCAUCCCUAGUCACAACUCCCUACAAUACUUCCUGUAAAGAGUAAUCUUAUGUUUACACUUCCUUUAUUGCAAAUUCUGUUUAAUGUAGAAUUUCUCAUCUUCUGUACUAUUAAUAGCUUGCUAGACCUUGCAGGAGCCACUUGUAUCUGAUUAAAUUUACAUUUACAGAGCAGGAGAUACAAAUGUAUGUGAUGUAUACACAAAGAAACUUCUUCAUUAAGCUAAAGUUUUGGUGACUGUAGUGUAAUAUUUGUGGUAAUUUUCGAGCUGAGAAUUUUGGUGGUAAGAUUUCUUGCUGGUGUUUUUUUUUCUCAAUCCUCAGAUUCACUCAGGAUGCAACUGGUCAACAAGUUACAAUCACCUGAGCGGUAGGAUAGGGUCAUGGGAGGGCUGGCUAGGGGGCCCAAGAAAGGGACCAGUCCUUCUAGGUCUAAUAGAAUUUUACAAAUGUUUCAAAUGUGUGCUGAUGAUCUUUCUUCACCUGAAUAUGUUUAGCUAUCACAUUAUAAUGACUAUGCUCUGAUUCUAUAUUUUGGAUCCAGAAGUCAGCUUUGGUUGCAAUGUAAUAAACUUUCAGAAACUAUAAAUUACAUGAAAUGAGGUUCUAAAACUUUACUAGUAAGCCCUCGUUUUUAGCAUUCUUUAUAGUUAUGACGUUGCCAAUAUAAAUGAGUAAGGUCCAAAUGGAUUUUCAAUGGAGGAUCCAAUGAUUUUUUUUGUUGUUGCUAAUAAAUACAUUUAUCAACAUACUUUCGAUAGAGAAUGUUUUGUUGCACUGUCAAGCUAGAAGUAUGUGAUUUGAUUAAAAAUACUUUUGGUGACUAAUUUGUGAACAACGCUCUUCAAGUUUUCAUGGGUUCUUUCUAUGAAGUGUAGAUCUGGUUUAUAGGAAAUCUGAUACUAUUAAGGCUAAAAUAGUCACUGCCACUAAGUUUUUGUUCUGUUCAACAGAUGCUUCUGUUUUAGGCUCAAUACAAGGUAGUCUCAGAAUAUAUUUUCAUAAUAUAUGCAAAACUGAUAACAAACAUAUUCAUAGUUGUGUCUGAUUAUACUAAUUUCUUAUUAGUUUGAGGUAAUUGCUAAACCUCAAAAAUAAUUAAACGUUUGAAUCUGGUAAAUGACUGAGAGAUAAUUGCUAAACAAAACAUUUUUUGUUUUUUAAAUAAUAAUAAAAAAAAAGUUAUAUGCUGCCCAAAAAAUUUUAAAUAUUUUUUACGGGGAUCCUGUAAUUUUGUUAAUUGAUUCCUUGUGUCUUGUUGUAAAUAAGGAUCUUGAAAGCACAAAUGAAUUCUAAGUUUUCAAACUACUACUAAGUGAAAAGACACGUAAGGCCAUUUUCCAAGUUUGAGAUAUAAAGCAUGAUAAAAAUUGAGAGACUGUCACAAAUAAUGCUGGAACCUAUGACAGAAAUGCUUUUGAAUUUUCUUUGAUGUGUGUGGCUCUCCUCUUUAAUACUUUUCCAGAUGGAUGGAUGUGGAUGUAGCUCUCAGCUUGCAUUAAUUACUGAAUAGUGCUUUCCUGUUUAUGUCCUUUUUUUUUCUUUCUUUUUUUUUUUUUAUAGCUGCUACCCACUGAAAAGAAAAUCAAGUCUGGAAUGACUCUACUGGUAGAACUUUUUCUACUUCAUGGAAAAGAUAUUUACAUUGAUAGAGCAGUUGGAUGGGGUGUCUUUCCAUUGUGUGACAACAACUUUAACCUGAUAGAAGGAAAAUUUAGAUGUCCAUUUUUAAGAGGACACUAUGAUUCAAGAAUUGAUCGUUUCAAUAAAAUUGAAGAGCUUAUUAUGACUGAUAUUGAUCACUGGCUAUGCAACUUGUAUUUCGAGGUAUGUAUGUUUUCUAAUAAGGUUUUUUAUUUCUUUUGUGACAAUUUUGAAGGGCUAUUUUAUAAACACAGGGUUUCCCUUUACUAACGUGAGGUUCUGCUGCAGGACCCAAGCAUAUGGUAAACUAUAGCAAAGUGACUGAUUUAAAAAAAAAAAAAAAUGGAACAAGAGUCUAACAUUAAAGGUACUCACACUUAAAACUGUGAAGGUGUUUUUUCUGCAUUACUUGUUUAGCUGCAGAGGAGGCAGAAUGCUGAUGACAUCCUCAAUACUAGUGCCCCAAAACGUUGUCACAGUCAUUUUGAGGAUAGCACCCAUAAACUCACAACACUAUAACCACAGCCAUGAACUGCAUUGGUUAAAGUGCUUUUAGAAAGUCAAUAGUAGAGCAGUUUGUCUCAGGGUGUUAAAUAUCUAAAUCUCUAUUUCCAUGUUUCUGUGUUUUUACGUAAGGUAGCAGAGCAAUUACUUUUUUCUUGGUUGGAAGAACUGUACAAGUUAGAGUGGGUGGGUUUUAAGUAGCAGAACAAAGAGACUAUAAUAUAUUUUAGAUGUAAUGCUAUUAUAUUUAAAGAAAAUUUAAAAAUCAUGAAAUGUGAAUUUAUUACUUUAAACAAUUGCAAAAACAUGUGUCUAAUAAUUGCAGCUCCUUAAAUGUACAGUUACCUAAUAAAAAAAAAAAAAUCACUGUUUACUAGUGGAUAUACUCCCAAUAAAACAUACAUGCAUUCAAUAAUUUAUUUUUUAUUCUAGGUAUAUCUAAACACAGCUUGCAAAAUGUGCAGAUCUCCUGCCUGAUGUUACCAGCCCCUGCCCCCUUCUUCACCAGCCCUGACGUUCUGUGGCUGUCCAAUCACAGAUUUCUCAAGGCAUCUCAUUGAGGAGUCGUUGCAAGGCUGCCUCUUGAGUUUAUCUUCAAUAAGCUAAACAACCAGAAAGUAACAGGACUGGUUGUCUGCUUGAAAGAUAGGGGUUGCAAACAGGUUAAUUGAUUAAAAUUAAAAUUUCUAUUUAAAUCUCCAAUAUUUGUUAAAUGAAAAAAAGAGCACACACACUUAAAAUGGCGGAUCCCACAUGACCCGUGCCUGACUACACUGGAGCAAAGUCUGGAGUGCUGUACAAGCUGGACAAACUCCUUGCCAAUUUCUGGAGGAAAAUGUCCCUCUGGAAUCUGGUGCCUACCAUUCAAAGCUCACUUAAGCAUUCAUCCAGGCAGACUCGGAUCUGGCUAGGUUCUGGGAGAGCAUGCAAAUGGAGGAGAAGGCCACGUUGGCGGUUCACGAGGAGCAAGGUGUGCAGGCCUGCAUCUAAGCUGAGCACUGACAGAGCCAACAGACGGAGCCUCCAGCGGGAUUCAGCAGGCAGAGGAUAGCAGAGUAUGCUGAGGGAGUUACCGUACAACUUGGGUUCACCUACAAUGUCUGUGCUGCUAAGCCAAACAACUCACCCCAUUAUCUGGGACUGCACCCGGCCCUCAUUGGGCAUAGGCUGAAUAAUCAGAAGGUGGCUUUGCUCAUCCUUCUAUUACACACAGCCGGGAGAGAUCAAUGUGGAGUUGACAUGUCUUUACUCCUUAGUUUACUCUCCUGCUAUUGCCUGUCCCUAUCUCCUACAUUUAAAAGUGUUAAUUUAAUAAUGACCAUGCAUUAUAUGUCUCAUAUAAUUUGGACACUUCAGGGGUGGCACAUUAUUCCAGCAUAUUAACCUUGCGUUAAACUAGCAUGCUAGUAAAAGAUUUCUUAAAAAUGUGCUAAUCAUUUUAUAAUUAAUAAAUUAUAACUAAUCAUUUAUGUAUUCCUUUGUACAAGUUUUCAUUGCAAAUGUUUCUGUGUAUAACAUGCAUUUUUCUGUUCAGCUCAAGAACGACAAAAAAAAAAAAAAAAAAGGACACACACUCUUCAAACAUAUAUCAUUUUACCAAGCUAUGGUGCUUUAGGGCUGUAGUGUCUCUUUAAGGACUUUACAAGAUUCCAUAUAUUCAUGACAUACACAAUAUGGACAAAAUUAUUGGAACACGCCUUAUUGAAGUUAAGUGUUUCAAUCAGACCCUGUUAGAUAAUCUUUUGGUAACUGUAAGUGGUAUUAUUGGAAAGUGGAAGCAUUUGGGAAAAGCAGCAACUAAGACAUGAAGUGGAAGGGGAGUGCUGAGACGCAUGGUACGCAAAAGUCACCAAUGCUGAAGAGUUUAAAAAUUACACUGGCAUUAAUAUGAGCACAAAAACUGGAAUGGGUUUUCAUGGCCGAGUUGCUGCAUGCAAGCCUCCUCACCAAGUAUAAUGCCAAGCAUCAGAUUGAUUGGUGUUAAGCAUGUCACCACUAGAGCAGUAAAAACAUGUUCUGUGGGGUGAUGAAUUGAGCUUCUCUGUUUGGCAGUCUGAUGGGUUUUGGUUACCUGCCUGACUGUAUUUUGCCAAUUGUAAAGUUUGGUGGUGAAGAGAUAAUGGUAUGAGCUGUUUUUCAGGGGUUGGACUAAACCCCUUACUUCCAGUGAAGAAAAAUCUUAAUGCUUCAGCAUACCAAGACAUUUUGGACAAUGCUAUGCUUCCACCCUUGUGGAAACAGUUUGAGGAAAGAUCUUUUCUAUUCCUCUAUGACUGUACCCGAAUGCACAAAGCAAGGUCCAUAAAGACAUGGUUGAAUAAGUUUGGUUUGGAAGAACUGGACUGGCCAGCACAGAGCCCUGACCUCAACUCCAUCAAACACUUAUGAACUGAAACUGAGUUUGAGAGCCAAGUCUUUUUAUCCAACAUCUGCGCUUGACCUCGCAAAUGCUCUACUGGUUCAAUGGGCAAAAAUUCCCACAGAAACACUGGAAAGGAUUCCAAGAAGAGUGGAAGCUACUUUGAGCUAUUUUUAUUUAGUUCCACUUGUGUAGAUAUUACUGAAACCAUUAAAUUAUGAUGGAAUGAACACAUAGCAAAACUGCCAAAAAUAUUUUGGUUAAUAGUGCACAGUAUGUCAUAAAAUAUUUGGUCCUCAAAAAGCAAGCUUGUCUUUUAUUAUUUAAUAUAACUUAAGUCAUUUAUUAAGAUAGUUGAAUGCAUUUACAAUAUCCGAAAAUGUAUUUAAGUUCAUGCAUUCACUUUACAUAUGUUGUUCAUUGUAACUACAAUUGUACACUAUUUUUUUGCAGGUAAUAAAAUUGCCACAGUAUCUUAGUGAGCAGAAUGACUACGAAAUAUUUGUUCAGCUGCCCCAAGAGUUCCUCACUUAUACAAGCCAUGAUGAGAACAAUUCUGUAUUUGAAGAAGGUGCAAGGAAAUCUAUAAUACAAAGAGAAACAGCUAAACAGUCACAUCACCAAAUAACAAAUUCAAGUUUACAUUUCAACUAUGUACAAG